AUGGCCCUGAUGAAGAAACUUAAUUGUUGCUGGACAUUAGGUCUAUGUUUGGUAGCCAGCAGACUUUGCAAAGCAUUGCUCGAUAUCCCUAAGCUGCCAGCGAUCGAUGACGCGAAAUUUAUCAAGGAGUGUGUCGACUCCCAUAAUGAAUUUCGAAGCAAAGUCAAACCCUCAGCAGCUGAUAUGAAUAUCCUGAAAUGGGAUAAGGAGUUAGCAAAACUGGCCAAAUCAUGGAGUAAACAAUGCAAGUUUGCACAUAACCCCUGUACUAGAAAACGAUAUGCAUGCAUUGAGGGUCAUGACUUUGUGGGAGAAAAUAUAUAUUUAGGUGGAGUACAAAGUACACCAAAACAAGUUAUUUCUUCUUGGCAUAGUGAAAAUGAACACUAUAAUUUUGAUAAUAUGACCUGUUCUAAAAUUUGUGGCCAUUAUACACAGAUAGUUUGGGCCAAUACACUCACAGUUGGAUGUGCAGUAUCAAAUUGUCCUAAUCUCAUGGGAUAUUCAGCUGCACUAUUUGUAUGUAAUUAUGCACCACCAGGAAAUGAAAUAAACACCAGUCCUUACACAAAAGGAGAACCCUGCUCCAUGUGUAAAAAGGGGGACUGCAGGAAUAAUCUCUGCGUCAUCAAACUUUCUAAGGCAUGGGACAAAAUUCCCAAGCUACCAACUAUCCAUGACCCAGAAUUUAUACAAGAGGUUGUCAACUCCCAUAAUGAAAUUCGAAGCAAUGUCAACCCUUCAGCAGCCAAUAUGAAUGCCCUGGUGAGAACGGACCUGGGUUGCUAUCGAGAACAAAGAGUUUAA